AGCCCCCACAGUUUAAUGUUCGCUUAAGGACUUCAGCAUCUACAAGUGCAGCGUGUAACAGUGUGUUGAAGUGUUCCUUAACACUUAACUUGCAUAAUUUGAGUAGAGAUGGACCUGAACAAGUGGAGCAGUGAAAGUGAGGUGAGAAUUGGUCACUCUCUGAAUGAAGCUGAGAGACAACAUUUGGCCAGAAGGAGAGAGACUGUUCUACAGUGCCUAAAGCAGCAUGGCAUAACCUGCAGUGAGGAUAAGAUGCCUAACAUCGCAGUGCUGGGCUCUGGUGGAGGUUUGAGAGCUAUGCUUGGACUGCUGGGAUCACUGAAUCAGCUGAAAGAAGAUGGACUGCUGGACUGCAUCAUGUACCUGUGUGGAGUUUCAGGAUCUACCUGGUGCAUGGCAUCAUUAUAUAAAGAGUUAGACUGGUCCACCAAACUGGAGACUGUGAAAGAAAACAUUGUCCAAAGGCUUGCUGAAGGCAGUGUCAGUUGGUGGAAGAUGGGUCAAAAACUGACAAAAUACUAUUCAGAAAAAGACAACUUCAGCCUGACAGAUGUGUGGUCAGCGCUGAUUGUGUCUCACAUGGUGAAAGAGAUUGAUGAACACAAAAUCACAGAGCAGAGGGGCAACUACACCAAUGACCCGUAUCCCAUUUACACUGUGAUUGACAAGCAGUGUAAACAUGACCAACUGAAUGCAGAUCCUUGGUUUGAGAUCACUCCAGAUGAGUCAGGUUAUUCUCUCUCUGGAGCCUUUGUGGAUUCCUCCUGUUGGGGAAGUGAGUUUAAGAAAGGAAAGAAAAUGAAAGAUCAGCCUGAGACUGACAUGCUGUACCUACAAGGUCUGUGUGGCAGUGCCAUCGCAGAUAUGGAAGAGAACCUUAAGUACCUCUAUGAGGCACUAAAACACCUGAUUACAGACAAAAUAGGAAGCACAGAAAAGACUCGUACACCACUAACACCAGAUGUGAAGAACGGUUGCCAAGUGCUCUUAACACUUGUGGAACUGAACCUUUGUGUGUUAAAAAAGGAGGAUCCUGCAGUUUACCUCCAAACCUUGCAGGACCUACUGAAAGGUCAGAGGACUUUACGGCUAGGGAAGCUGAAGACAUCAGAAGGGACGAUCUCGAAGACAGACUUGAAGGAUUUAAACCUGCAUGUAUGCAAUUCUGUCAGUGUCAUAUUUUCGAUGCAGAGACUUGGGGAUCGAAUUUUGAAUGCUAUCGUGAAAGCCAUAGAGAAAAUGACACACUGGAUCUGGGGUACGACUUAUGACUACCUCUACAAAAUGAAAGUGGAAGGUGUCCAUCCCAGUGUCCUUCACUCAGAGAAGAGAGAAUAUGAAGAUGCUGGACUGUUACUCAACUCACCCUAUUUCUCAGUGCUGAGAAAAGAACGCGACAUCGACCUCAUCAUUUCCCUUGACUACAGUUCAGGAAAUCCCUUUGAGACGGUGCUUCGUGCUGCUGAAAUGUGCAAAGCCCUUCACAUUCCUUUCCCUGAAGUUUCUCUACCUGCUGAAGAUACAGAAACACAGGACUUUUAUGUGUUUAGAGGAUACAGCAAAGCUCCAACUGUGAUCCACAUGCCUCUUUUCAAUGCUGUUAACUGCAAAGGAGAAAUUGAGAAGUGGGAGAAAAUAUAUCAGACAUUUAACAUGAGCUACGAUCAUAAAAGGAUCACAGAUCUUCUGGAGAAAGCAGGAUUGAACAUCAAAAACAACAAAGACAAACUGCUCAAGGAGAUUCAAAAUGUCAUAGACGGGAAGAACACUUCCAAGCUUGGAUAAAUCUAAUCAGUAAAGAAAAAUCACACAUCAAAAACAUCUAAAUCCUUCAAAAAUGAUCCAAAUAUCAGUCUUUAUUUAGUCAGUAAGCUCUUUUCAUGUAUUCAUGUAAAGAAUAUCAGCUUUGGGUGCUUUUGUCUAUUGUUUUGACUGUCUCACUGGGAUUGAAAUCUGAAAAAUCAAAAGUGUGGAAUGUGUCUUUCUUGUUUGCCUUUGAGAUGUUUAAAAAUUGGAAUUUAUAAACAAACAAAAAUGACUAAAAAUAACUCAAAAUAAUUUUAUAUUGAGCAAAAAGAGUUUGUUUUUCUUUCUCAAGUUUCUUUUUUUUUCUCAAUAUCUGAGUGUUCUUUGUCUUUACAUAAGGUGAGUACACCAUAUGUCUGGGGUUGUGUUUGAAUUGACUUUUCACAUUUACUUUAUGCCUGGCUUAUAUCUGCUUCACAAUUGUUCUUGACAGGUACUGUACAACAUUUAAAAUCUAUUAUUAAAAAUCUGUUAGAAAGCAACAGUAAAGUCUUUACUAAAUGCAUAAUGUUCAUUAGAAAGUAAUGUGAAUUCAUAUGGAGUCUUGUUAAAAGAUAAUCCAUUACCUUCCAUCCACAUCAAUUUACUAAAAAUAUGAUCCACUUUACAAUAAGUAACACAAAAUGAUCUUCUAAUAAGCAUCAGUUAAGCAGUGUUAACAUGGUACUAAAUGGUGAUGAAACCAGCUUAUUGAGUUCACAUUGUUCAUUGUUCUAUUCAGACUGUUUGAAUUAUUGUAAUGCAUUGUUACUGUUGUCUUUUCCAAUAAACUCGUCCAGUCCUUGUACCUGA